ACAUUAGGAACUAUUCAUUCGGAGAUACAAAGACAAAUUGAACAAAUUAUUGGAAAACAUUAUGUUCACAAAAAGGGUAAAUUUUUUCUUUUUUUUAAAAUCACUUUGAAUUAGGAAUGCUAAUGAUUAUUUCAAGGGGUUUGUGUUUUGGUGUGGCGAUUAAUUGUGUAGCGGACGUUAUGUUUGCUUUUGUUUUUUUUUAUCAUUUGGGUUUUAAUGUAUGUUUAGUCUAUUAUGUUUACAUGCUGCACAAAGUAUGAUAAAAACAAUUCCCACAACAAAAAUCAGUUGCUACAAUCACAUAAAUGAUAAAUCACGUACAUUUCAAUAGUUGCAAAAAAAAAUGCAUAUACGGGAUUAAUAUGAACAGCUUUGCUUUUUGGUGGCUGUUUUAAAUUGGAGUACUUUACUAGAGCCUAUGAUAAAUAUUAUUAAAUUAAAGAAAUGGAUUUACAAAAAAAAAAAAAUUGAAUUUAAAAAAAAACAAACAAAUAUUUUUUUUCAAAACUUUUAAUUUACUCGCAUUGGACGAAAAAAUUCAAUCUAAAUCUGAAAUACAACCGAUUUUCAAAUUGAAAUUUUACAUUUAAAAAUUAAUACCUUGAUAUAUAUAUAUAUAUAUAUCAUUUUGCUUAUUUAUUCUUGUGCUUGCUUACAGCGAUUGAAUUUACCAAGGCUGAAGUGCUUUUUAUUGACGCAGUCUUGGAAAAGAAACUUGAAGCGUCCAUUUUAUACUGGACACUUGUUAGGGUAUGUUUUUGUCAUUAAUGUUUAGCAUUUUAAUAAUAAAACUGCUGCGACUUGUGUACGGCAAUAUUAGACAAGGGUUUUUAAAAAGUGUAGACCUAGUUCAAAACACAGCAGCACUGGUAUUCCGAAAAAAUCAUAAUUGAAAUUAUUUGAUGAUGGCGCUUCAAAGAGAGUGGAACUCAGAUUUAGAACCCUUGACUGUCUUGCAACCGAGAACACGUUGAUAAAGUCUAAGGGGGAAAACGUAAACCUGAAAAAUUAGGAGUCUCCUUGAUUAUAUGAUUCUGUCAAUGUUACAUCUCUGUCGAGUAUCAACGUUUUUAUAUUCUGUAAAUUUUACAACUCUAUUGAUUCUCAGUAGAUUUUUUCCUAAGGAUUUUUUUUUAAAUUAAGUUGCUUUAAAUCUCAUUUAGCACCCUGUGCCCGCAGCUCUCGUGGCCUAUGGAUUAUUUAAGAACAUGAAGAGAAAAGAAAAAGUCGACGCGACCUCUCUAAAAGAGAAUAUGAAGUAAGAAUAUAUAGACCCAAUGUAAUUUUCAGAUUGAUUGUUUUCCUGCUAAGCUAAUGAAAUCAAAGAUAAUGUGCCAAUCUCUCGAUACUCCGAUUUGCUUUGUUUUGAAAAGAGUAUACGUUUAUUGUGAGAAAAAAAUCCAUAAAAUAUUUUUAAAAAAACCAAUAAAAUAAAAAAAAACAACAAUAGACUAAAAUAUAUAUCUGAUAUUUAAAGUCUGAAUUCGCCCACUUAAUUUCUAAACAACAUUUUUUUUUAUUUUUAUAGGAAAAAAUAAUUAUUAAUUAUGGGUCAGCAAAUCUGAUUUUAAACAUCUUUCCGAGUCAUGCAAUUUUAUUAAAGUUUAAAAUCUAUAUAAUACACCACUUUGUCAGAGUAAGACAAAAAUCGGUGAACAUAAAAAUGUCCUCAAGUAAAUUUAUUUUUACUCUUAAAUUUAGGGUAGCAGAAAUACGUGCAAAUAGAAAAUAAAAGACUCCUGUACCUUAUUUACUUUUUUGUUUUAGCAAUUUUUUUCCCGCAAGUAUCCCUUAAUUUCAAACGCUGCAAAGGACGCAUAAAAGAAUUUAACGGCAUCAUUAUGAGAAUUGCACAAACAAUGUUGUUUAUAUAAAUUUCAAAAAAAGUUCAAUCUAAAGCAUCUCAUCCAUCAAUUAAUUUAAAAAAAAAACCAACAACACUAUCUCAAGAUGACCCCAAAAGUUUCAAACAUCAUGCAUUUCAAUCUAAACAGAGUUCCAAAUAGACUUAGAAAAAAGUUUUAUAAUUUCGUUUUUAGAGUUGGUUUGGCUUGUACGUCUCCCUACAUCCCAGGCAUAAAGGCAUUAUUAGCAUACACUUAAAACGUUCUACAUUUACUUCCGCAAAGAAUCGUCAUUAUUGCUACAAAGUCACCUUAGUGGAAGUUAUUGCGAGUAAUGGGAUAACAUUGCUCCAUGAUUUAGGAUGGGGCAAGAAGUACAUCUGUGGCCAUCAUUAUUUUUUUAAUGAAAGACGUAGGUAAUACGUCAUCGAUAAAAGCGUCAAUGGCUGUAAUGAAAAUUGAAUGUUCCUUCAGUGAGUGUUGAUUAUAAUAUAUCAGGCCUCCUAAAAUCUAUCAAAUUGUUUGUUGUCCACUAAGAAAUCCAACCACUCCCACAAGAAACUAAAACCAAAGAUCUAAAGGGAUUAUUGUUUUAAUAAAAAAAAUCCCCCUUUAAUGAUACAAAAAUAUAUUAAUUUAAUAUCCUCUUGUUAUUUUUCUUCAGCACAUACAAGAAAUUAUCGAUUGAGGCAGUAAACAGCAGCUACGUGAAGAAUAGCACAGGAACAUUUAAUAUGUUGCUGGAGACCGUGGAGGAAUGGGGAAAUGCCAGUUGUGUACAAAUAGCUUUAGCCACAAACAACAAAGAGUUCUUGUCUGAACAGCCUUUAGUAGAUCUUCAGGGGCGUAUUUGGCGUGCACAGGUAAACAAAAGUCAUUCAUAA